GGUAAGUUGAGACGGACGCCAGUUGCUGCGACGCGGAGCUCCGGUCAUUUCCCGGGCCUCUCCUGGGCUAGGACUGCGUCCGUGGUCUUUCGUCUUCUGCCCUCAAUCUCGAUAUGAGCCCUGCCUUGGAUAGAUGCUGCUGAAUCCAUAAGAAAUGCCACUGCCACUACCACCGCAACGCUCCAGAUGUGAGACUAAGAAAUCUCAGUCCAGCAGAAUUAUGCCCAGUGAUCAUGGCCCAUCUGAAAAGAGAGAGGAGAAUUACCAAGCAAAGAUAUCUCCAUCUUCACCUCAGGGACCACUCAAAAAGAGGUCAGCUUUUGAAGAUCUCACCAACGCUUCUCAAAGUCAACCUGCCAAGCCCAAGAAGGAAGCCAGUAAUGAGCUUGUUAAAGUUGUUUCCAAGAAGAUAAACAGGAGCACACCUGCUCCUCGGUGUAAUAAGCUGGCACUCUCACCAGUAGUAGUCUCAACCACCAUGGUACCAAAUAUUAUAGAUAAACCGCACAUUCUGGAGAUAUCUACCAGCUCCAAGACACCCACUACUGAGGAGUCAUCUCUUUUCAAAAAGCCAUUCAUUUUAAAAGAGGAACCCACUACUGAGGAUACAAUCCUCAUCAAGAGGUCAUUAAAGAAGAGCAUAAAUCAGGGAGAGGUGUCCCUCUUAGAGAAGCCACUAUCCUUGCAGGAGGAGACUGACAGUGAUGUUGUAGUGCCAGUGACUUUUGGGAAGAAGCAUAAAACUGAGAAGGCAGCCAUCAACAAGAGUACAUUAUCUUUAAAGAAUAUGUGCACACAUCAGGGGAAGCAGUCCUGCACGAGGGAGGAGUUGGCCUUGCAGAACAUCAGUGUUGAAGAGGAUUCUUUCUUUAUGGAGCCCACGAACUUUAGGAAGAAGCCUAAAACUGAGGAGGCAACCACCACCAAGGAGCUGUUAUCUUUAAAGAAAAAGUGUACCACUCAAGGGAAGAUGUCCUAUAUGAAGAAGCCACUAGUAUUGCAGAAGAUCACCUCUGAAGAGAAGUCACUCGCUAAGGAGCUGUUGUCUUUUAAGAGAAAACCUACCACUGAGAAGGAGUGCCUUUGCCAGGAGCCAUCUACAUUGCCAAAGAAGCACACCACUGAACAAGAACUGUCCAUCUUGAAGAAAUCAUUGGCCUUGCAGGAGAAGAUCGACACUGAAGAGGACUCCGUCUUUAAGGAACCAUUGGCUUUUAAGAAACAACCUACCACAGCGGAGACAACCCUCACCACAAGGCCAUUAUCUUUAAAGAAGAAGUGCACUACUCAGGGGAAGAUAGCCCACUUGAAGAAGCCAUUAGUAUUUCAGAAGACCAUCUCUGGAGAGAAGGCAUUCAUUAAAGAGUCAUUGUCCUUUAAAAAGAAGCCUACUACUAAGGAGGAGUCCCUCUUCCAGGAGCUAUCUGUGUCGCAAGAGAAGCACACCACUGGUGGGGAGGUUACCCUUUUGAAGAAGCCAGGGGCAUUCCAGGAGAAAAAGGAUGGUGAAGAUGAAUUUCUUAUGGAGCCAAUUUCCUUGAGGAAGAAGCAUACUACUAAGGAGGCAACCCUUUCCAAGAAGUCAUUACCUUUAAAGAAGAAGCGUACCACUUGGGGGAAGAGGUACCGCUUGAAGAAGCCACUAGUAUUACAGGAGACCACCUCUGAAGAGAAGUCACUCAUUAAGGAUCCGUUAUCCCUUAAGAAGAAGCCUACCACUAAGGAGUCCCUUUUCCAAGAGCCAUCAGCAUUGCAGGAGAGGCACACCACUCAGGAGGAGGUGUCCAUCUUGGAGAAGCCAUUGGUCUUGCAAAAGACUCCAACUGAGGAGGAGUCCCUUUUAAGGGAGCCUUUGGCUUUUAACAAGAAGCGUACCAUUGAGGAGGCAACCUCCUCUAAUAAGCUGUUAUCUUUAAAGAAGAAGUGUACCAGUCAGGGUAAGAUGUCCUGUUUGACCAAGCCACUAGUAUUGCAGACCAUUUCUGAAGAGAAGUCACUCAUUAAGGAGCCAUUAUCCUUUAAAAAAAAGCCUACCACUGAGGAGGAGUCCCCCUUGAAGAAACCAUCUGCACUGCAAGAGAAGCACACCAUUCAGGGGGAUGUGGCCCUCUUGAAGAAGCUAUGGCCAUUGCAGGAGAAUAUAGACAGUAAAGAUGAAUUUCUUAUGGAGCCAGUGUCAUUUAGGAAGAAACAUACCACAGAUGUGGCAGUCUCUACCAAGGAGUCAUUAUCUUUAAAGAAGAAAAAGUGUACCACUCAAAUGAUGAUGCCUACCUUCCAAGAACAGUUGGACUUGCAGAAUAUGAUUGGUGAAGGUGAGGACUCCUCCUUUAUGGAGCCAAUGUCAUUUAGGAAGAAGUCUUCAACUGAUGAGGCAAUUCUUACCAAGACACCGGUAUCUUUAAAAAAGAGGCAAAUCACUCAGGGGAAGACGUUCCUCUUAAAGAAGCCACUGGUCAUAGAGAAGACUACCUCUGAAGAGGAAUCACUCUUUAAGGAGCUGUUGCCCUUUAAAAAAAAGUCUACAACUGAAGAGGAGUUCCUCUUCCAGGAUCCAUCUGUACUGAGAGAGAGACACACCACUGUGCAAGAGGUGUCCUUCUCAAAGAAGCCAUUGGCCUUGCAGGAGAAUAUCACCACUGAAGAAGAAUCAUAUAUUAAGGAGCCACUGACCUUGGAGGAGAGGUCUACCACUGAGGAGGAAUUCCCCUUUCAGGAGCUAUUUUUAUUGCAUGUUAAACCUACCAACAAAGAUGAGCCCCUCUGCAGGAAGUCUUUUGCCUUGCAGAAGAAGACUGAUAACAAAGAGGACUCCUUGAAGGCACUGUUGGCUUUGCAGGACAAAAGCACCACUGAAGAGGAGUUUCUUUUCAAGAAACCAUUGGUUCUGAAGGAAGAGCUCUCCCCUGAGGUGGCAGUGAGCAUAGAGGGGCAAUUAUCUUUAAAGAAGAAGCCCACUGCUCAGGGGGAGGUGUUCCUCUUGAAAAAGCAGUUGGCCUUGCAAGAAAACAUCACCAGUGAAGAGGAGUCCCUUAUUAAGCAGCCACAGGCCUUGCAGGAGAAGCCCAGCAUUGAGAAGGAAAUCAUCUUGAGGGAGUCCUUGGCCUUGCAGGAGAAGCCCACGAGUGAGAAAGAGACCCUCUUUGAGGAGCCCUUGGCCUUGCAGGAGAAUCCCACAAUUGAGGAGGAGGCUAUCCUGAAGGAGCCCUUGGCCUUGCAGGAGAAGCCCAGCAGUGAGAAAGACUUGUCUUCCAAGGAGCCAUUGGCCUUGCAAAAGAAUCUCACUCACAAAGAAGACACGUUUCUCAAAGAUUUCAUCAUCCUCCAAGUUGAAACCAGCCCACAUGUGUCCACCAUUGCCCCUGACUCUAGAACAGGCUUGUCCAGCACUGUCACCAUGUCCAGUGUGGGCAAGUUCAGUACCACAAGCCAGUCCAGUACUUGUGAAUCCAGUUCCAGUGAACCUUUCUCAUCUCAGGACAAGAGAUCAGAGAAGGAGCAGAUGACCCCACUGGAGGAUAUUGACAAGGACCACAGUGAUCCAGUUUUCAACUCAAUAUAUGCUAAGGAUAUCUUCAGUUACAUGAAGGAGAGAGAGGAAAAGUUCAUACUUAAAAAAUACAUGACCAGGCAGAAUGAUAUCAACAGUGACAUGAGGGCCAUUCUCGUGGACUGGUUGGUGGAGGUGCAGAUGACCUUUGAGAUGAGUCAUGAGACCCUGUACUUGGCAGUGAAGCUGGUAGAUCACUACCUUAUGGAGGUAAUAUGCAAGAGGGACAAGCUACAACUCCUUGGUUCCACUGCUUUUCUGAUUGCAGCAAAAUUUGAGGAGACCUGCCCACCUUGUGUGGAUGACUUCCUGUACAUCUGUGAUGAUAUUUAUAAGCGAGAUGAGAUGCUCGCCAUGGAAAUCAGCAUCCUAAAAACCCUCAGAUAUGAUAUCAACAUUCCCAUUGCCUAUCAUUUUCUGCGCAGAUAUGCUAAGUGUGUCCAUGCCAACAUGAAGACACUGACCUUGUCCCGCUUCAUCUGUGAAAUGACCCUGCAGGAAUACGACUAUGUCCAGGAGAGGGCUUCCAAGCUAGCUGCUGGCUCCUUCCUCCUGGCCCUCUACAUGAAGAAGCUCGGACACUUGGCUCCUACCCUGGAGUAUUACAGUGGCUACAAGACCUCUGAUCUUCACCCCUUGGUCAGGCAGCUGAACGUCCUGCUGACUUUGUGUUUGGGCAAUAGGCUCAAGACUGUGCAAUCCAAGUAUUCCCACCGGGUCUUCUUUGAAGUCACCCAAAUCCCACCCUUGGACAUGUUGAAACUGGAGGAGAUUUUGAACUGCUGCUAAUUCUGAGGCUGAGGGUCUGGUACUCUGGCAGCAGCCACCGGGGCCAGGCAGGCGUGUAAAUAAGCUGUAUUUAUUCUGUCCUUGAAUUUGUCUUUUCAUCACUUUUCUUCAUUUUUACUGUUUAUCUUUUCCCAAACUGAUAAUGUUGUAAAUAUUUGUGUUUUUUAUGAAAGAGAAG